AUGAGAUCCCGAAACCAGGGUGGUGAAAGUUCAUCCAACGGGCAUAUCUCCUGCCCCAAACCCUCCAUCAUAAGCAAUGUUGAUGAUAAAAGUCUCUCAGAAGAAGCAAAAAAGAAGAACAAAUCAAAUAGAAAGGAAGAUGAUGUCAUGGCCUCAGGAACUGUCAAACGACACCUAAAACCAUCUGGAGAAAGUGAAAAAAAGAAUAAGAAAUCCUUGGAGUUAUCCAAAGAAGACCUCAUCCAGCUGCUCAGUAUAAUGGAAGGAGAGUUGCAGGCCAGGGAAGAUGUGAUCCACAUGCUGAAGACGGAGAAAACCAAGCCGGAGGUCCUGGAGGCUCACUAUGGGUCUGCGGAGCCGGAGAAAGUGCUGCGGGUCCUGCACCGGGACGCCAUCCUCGCCCAGGAAAAAUCCAUCGGAGAGGAUGUCUAUGAGAAACCAAUUUCAGAGCUGGACAGACUUGAGGAAAAACAGAAGGAAACCUACCGGCGCAUGUUAGAGCAACUGCUGCUGGCGGAGAAGUGCCACAGGCGCACGGUGUACGAGUUAGAGAACGAGAAGCACAAGCACACGGACUACAUGAACAAGAGCGACGACUUCACCAACCUGCUGGAGCAGGAGCGGGAGAGGUUGAAAAAGCUGCUUGAACAAGAAAAGGCUUACCAAGCCCGUAAAGAAAAGGAAAAUGCUAAGAGGCUCAAUAAGCUAAGAGAUGAGCUUGUGAAACUGAAGUCCUUUGCACUCAUGCUGGUGGAUGAGAGACAAAUGCAUAUUGAGCAACUUGGCCUGCAAAGCCAGAAAGUGCAGGACCUCACUCAGAAGCUGAGGGAAGAAGAAGAGAAACUCAAAGCCAUUACUUCCAAAUCCAAAGAAGACAGGCAGAAAUUGCUCAAGUUGGAAGUGGAUUUCGAACACAAGGCUUCGAGGUUUUCCCAAGAGCAUGAAGAGAUGAAUGCUAAGUUGGCUAAUCAAGAGUCUCACAACAGGCAACUUAGACUCAAGCUGGUUGGCUUAACGCAAAGAAUUGAGGAGCUAGAAGAGACCAACAAAAAUCUUCAAAAGGCAGAGGAAGAACUUCAGGAAUUAAGAGAUAAAAUUGCCAAAGGGGAAUGUGGCAACUCCAGCCUCAUGGCGGAAGUGGAAAAUCUGCGGAAGCGCGUGCUUGAAAUGGAGGGUAAAGAUGAGGAGAUCACUAAAACAGAAUCCCAGUGCAGGGAAUUGAGGAAGAAAUUACAAGAGGAAGAACAUCAUAGUAGGGAGCUCAAAAUUGAAGUUGAGAAGUUACAGAAGAGAAUGUCUGAACUGGAGAAAUUGGAAGAAGCAUUUAGCAAGAGUAAAUCUGAAUGCACCCAGCUACAUUUAAAUCUAGAGAAAGAAAAGAACUUAACCAAAGACCUGCUAAAUGAAUUGGAGGUUGUCAAGAGCCGAGUCAAAGAACUGGAAUGUUCCGAGAGUAGAUUGGAAAAGGCUGAAUUAAGCCUAAAAGAUGAUCUUACCAAGCUGAAGUCAUUUACUGUGAUGCUGGUCGAUGAAAGGAAAAAUAUGAUGGAAAAAAUAAAGCAAGAAGAGAGAAAAGUGGACGGACUCAAUAAAAAUUUUAAGGUGGAACAAGGCAAGGUUAUGGAUGUAACUGAAAAGCUCAUCGAAGAAAGUAAGAAGCUUUUAAAACUGAAAUCUGAAAUGGAGGAAAGAGUAUACAAUUUGACGAAAGAGAGGGACGAAUUAGUAGGCAAACUGAAAAGUGAAGAAGAAAAGUCAUCUGAAUUAAGCUGCAGUGUUGACUUAUUAAAGAAGAGACUUGACGGGAUAGAGGAAGUGGAGAGAGAAAUAACAAGAGGAAGGUCUCGAAAAGCACCUGAGCUCACCUGCCCAGAAGACAACAAGAUUAAGGAACUAACCCUUGAAAUUGAGAGACUGAAGAAACGUCUCCAACAACUGGAGGUAGUCGAAGGGGAUUUGAUGAAGACGGAGGAUGAGUAUGACCAGCUGGAGCAGAAAUUUAGAACUGAGCAAGAUAAGGCCAAUUUCCUCUCUCAGCAACUAGAGGAGAUAAAGCACCAGAUUGCCAAGAACAAAGCCAUUGAGAAAGGUGAGGCUGUGAGCCAGGAAGCUGAGCUGAGACAUAGGUUUCGGUUGGAAGAGGCUAAGAGUCGGGACUUAAAAGCCGAAGUGCAAGCUCUUAAAGAGAAGAUUCAUGAAUUAAUGAACAAGGAAGAUCAGCUUUCUCAGCUCCAAGUGGACUAUUCUGUCCUUCAACAAAGAUUUAUGGAGGAAGAAAAUAAGAACAAAAACAUGGGACAGGAGGUCCUCAAUCUGACCAAGGAGCUGGAGCUUUCCAAGCGUUACAGCCGAGCGCUAAGACCCAGUAUGAAUGGGAGAAGAAUGGUCGAUAUUCCCGUGACCUCCACUGGAGUGCAGACCGAUGCUGUCAGCAGCGAGGCAGCAGAGGAGGAAACACCAGCAGUAUUUAUCCGGAAAUCCUUUCAAGAAGAAAAUCAUAUCAUGAGCAACCUUCGACAGGUGGGAUUGAAAAAACCCAUGGAACGAUCUUCCGUUCUAGACAGGUAUCCUCCUGCAGCAAAUGAGCUCACCAUGAGAAAGUCGUGGAUUCCCUGGAUGAGGAAACGGGAAAACGGGCCCUCGAUUGCUCCAGAGAAAGGGCCCCGAGCAAAUUCCAGUCCAGGGCACCCAGGAGAACUGGUUCUUUCACCAAAGCAGGGCCAGCCCCUGCAUAUUCGAGUGACACCAGACCAUGAGAACAGCACUGCCACGCUGGAGAUAACAAGCCCUACAUCCGAAGAAUUUUUCUCCAGCACCACCGUCAUUCCUACGUUAGGGAAUCAGAAACCAAGGAUAACCAUUAUUCCAUCGCCAAAUGUUAUGUCUCAGAAAACCAAAAGCGGAGAUGGUAUUCUCGGCCCAGAACGAGCCAUGUCCCCUGUCACAAUUACCACAUAUUCCAGAGAGAAAACCCCGGACGGUGGAAGAGGUGGGUUUGUGGACAGGCCCACAUCCCCCAUUCAGAUAAUGACAGUGUCUACAUCAGCUGCCCCGGCGGAGAUGCCCGACGCCCAGGAGAUGCCCAUGGGAAGGACUGUCCUCAAAGUCACCCCGGAGAAACAGACUGUUCCAACACCAGUUCGGAAAUACAACUCCAAUGCCAACAUCAUAACCACAGAAGACAAUAAAAUCCACAUUCACUUAGGUUCUCAGUUUAAACGGUCCCCCGGGGCUUCCGCAGAAGGAGUGAGUCCAGUGAUCACUGUCCGACCUGUCAGCGUGACCGCGGAAAAGGAGGUCUCCACCGGCACUGUCCUCCGCUCUCCCAGGAACCACCUCUCCUCGCGGCCUGGCGCAAACAAGGUGACAAGCACUAUCACCAUCACUCCAGUCACAACCGCAUCCACUCGAGGAACCCAGUCAGUGUCAGGACAAGAUGGGUCAUCCCAGCGGCCUACACCCACCCGCAUUCCCAUGUCAAAAGAAAGCAUCAUCAUUCACCAGUUACGCAUGAACUCCCGAUGA